GAAUAUCUGAUUUGGUGUAUUGAGUUUUCAACUUCUGUUCCCCAAUAUAUCUUUCUACGCAUUCACAGUGUUCUUUCUAUAUGUUUAUAUGUUUUUUGCUUUUUAUUUUUUUAUCAGGUUCCUUGUGGUACCGAAAAAGAACAAAAGCCCCCUAGAUGUCCUAAACCAUGUUGUAUAAUUCCUUUAUGCAGGCAUGGACCAAAUUGCAAGCCACACAAAUGCCAUUAUGGAGCUUGCCCCUCAUGCCGGUUAAUCUGUGAAGAAGAAUACCCCUGUGGCCACAAUUGCAAAUUAAGGUGUCAUGGCCCGAAACCUCCUCCUAAUCCAGAAUUCACAUUGAAGCCAAAGAAAAAGAAGUCAAAACAUCACAGUGAAUGUAUACCGGGCUCACCGUGUCCUCCUUGCCCAGAACUAGUGUGGAGGUCAUGUGUUGGUGAACACGUGGGAGAAGAGAGGAUGAUGGUUUGCUCAAAUAUAGCAGAAUAUUCUUGCAACAAUUUGUGUGGAAAUCUUCUUCCUUGUGGCAAUCAUUAUUGUACUAAAGUUUGCCAUGCCCUCAAGAGUCAGUCUUCAUCAUUAGGCCGACAUGGGAGAGGUGAAUUCUGUGAAGAGUGUGAUCUUCCUUGCCAAAAGGAGAGACAGCCUGCAUGCCCACAUCCGUGCCCCCAGCCAUGCCAUCGUGGUGAAUGUCCUCCUUGCAAAGUGCUGAUAAGACGAUCGUGUCACUGUGGUUCCAUGGUCCAAGUUUUUGAGUGUCUAUACUACAACAGCAUGUCUGAAAAUGAACAAAUGACUGUUCGUUCAUGUGGACGACCUUGCCAUGGGCGGUCAUUCAUUAUAGUGUUUGGUUUGGAGACACAGCCUGCAUGUCCACAUCCGUGCCCCCAGCCAUGUCAUCCUGGUGAAUGUCCUCCUUGCAAAGUGCUGAUAAGAAGAUCGUGUCACUGUCGUUCCAUGGUCCAUGUUUUUGAGUGCAUGUCUGAAAAGGAACAAAUGACUGUUCGUUCUUGUGGAGGACCUUGCCAUAGAAAGCUACCCUAUUGUACACAUCUAUGCCCAGAGAUAUGUCAUCCUGGUCAAUGCCCAGCACCUGAGAAGUGCUCUGAAAAGAAGAUUUUGUGGAGUGGCUAAUAAGAAGAACAAGGACUAACAGAACUAGGAAACCUGGC